UUCAUUCAUACACAAAGCCUCAAAAUAUCAGGUUGUUUUCUAACAAGGCCAUCCAUAUUCGUUUUUUCCUACAUUGAUUGCCGCUUUUUGCGGUUUAUUAGAGCACAAGGAAUAGAAGCCAUACAAUGAAGAAACGUUAUGUGGACGCAAGCAAGCUACGGAAAAUGAAAAAGAUAAAAAUUACGGAGGAGAUAUCUGAAAGCGCUUACACCUUUCUGAAGUUUAUGAUCGUGUGGACUCUGGUGCUCCUGGCAGAUUUUAUACUGGAGUUUCGAUUGGAAUACCUGUGGCCCUGUUGGCUAUUCUUCAGGAGCGUCUACACCACUUUCCACUGCCAUGGGCUGGUGAUUUGUGUGGUGUUUGUGUGUGCGGCGUUCACCCUGGACAUCUUUUGUUUCAUUUUUGUUCCCCUCCACUGGUUGUUCUUCGCAGCCAGCACCUAUGUCUUAUUCAAUUACAUUUGGCACACAGAGAAAGGCAUCUGUAUGUCAACGGUGUCCCUGUGGGUGUCCCUGUGGGUGAUGCUGGUGUACACGGAUGCUUCGUUGAGGCUCAAAGAUCUGAACAACUCCCACGCCAACCUGUCUCAUCUCUUCGCAGCGCACUGCAUUGGCUACCCUGUUGUCUAUCUGGGGUUUGACGCCACAUGUUACUUCACCAGCAUCUUCAAACUGCGGACGCAGAAAGCUGUGCAGAGCGAAAACAACUUCCAUAUGCACCUCCUGGAACAGUCCCUACCUCUGGGCCUGCAGCUUUACCCCAAGAGCAUCACAGACGACAAUGGCAACUCAAAGUGGAGGCCUAAACCCGAGUCCAGUCAGUACCAGUGUCAGAACGGUGCUGUGGCGUCUGACGAGAGACUCACCAUGGACUGCCUCCAGAUCCACAGUGGAGUGGAGCAGGGAGGGACUGAGAGGGGUGUGGAGGCAACAACGCUGGGAGACUCAAAUCCCCAGCCACCCCCGUCCUCCAAACCCAGAGACCCCCCCACCGACGGUGGAACAGGAGGAAGGUCGACAGGAGGAGGGUCGACUGAGUCUUCGGCCACCACCGAAAAUCUACCUCAGGAGGAGCAAAGCGGCAAAGUCCCCCGUGCCGCCAAAAGCUCAUCCUCCUCCCCCAAAGCACGCAGGAUGUCCCCUGGCGCCGCUAGCAUCCCUUCGCCUCCUCCCACUGGCAGGUCUGAAAGGAAGCAGAAGAACGGGUCCAAAACGGUCAGCCCCAAUCGGCACGCCACAGACAAGGGCCCCGUCGCGCCAAAUCCUCACGCUGACCAAAUCACUAAGCUGGAGCAGGAGAUGAGGAGGCUGAAGGGCGAGCUGCAGGCCAGCAGACAAGGUGAGCAGGAGCUGCGCAGCCACGUCUGCAACCUGACCAACAGCGAGCACAGCCUGAGGCCCGAGGUGUCUUUGCUCAGGCAGAACAACGAUCUGCUCCAGAGCAAGAUCUUGUCUCUGACCAAGACCAAGCAGAAAGACAAGCAGAUCAGCGCCGUGCUAGAGAAGAAGACCAGAGCAGAGACAGAGGCCAGGCUCUCCAUAGAGAAACAGCUGGCCGAACUCCAGGCUCACAAAAUAGAGGAGGCGGCCAUCUUAGCUCGUAGUAGUCUACCAAACAGGCAGGAACACUCUGUGACCCUAAUGUUAAGGAAAAAAGAAAAAGAUCUAGAGACAGAGUACAAACAACUACAGCUGGAGAGUCAAGGGAAAGAGGGCCGUCUAAUAGCUCUAGUGAAUGAAGUCGAGGCCCUGGGGAAGUAUCGUUAUGUGGAACAGGAGGAGCAGGAUGUGCUGCUCUCUGCCCUGUCAGCCCUGCAGGACAAGGCUCAGCACCUGGAGUACAACCUGAGCGCCGAGACGCGUAUCAAACUGGACCUGUUCUCAGCCCUGGGAGACACCCGCAGGCAGCUGGAGAUAACACAAGGAAAAGUACUCAAGCAGGAUAAGGAGAUUGGCGAGAUGAAACGCAAGAUCGCCGAGGUCAUGGCUGUCAGUCCUGGCAUGUCCUUCAUGACGCCGCGGCCCGCAGUACCGCAGUACCUCACCAAGUUCCUCAACUCAGAGCGCUAUGUGCUCAACCCACGGGCGCUGAUGUACCAGUGUCUUAAGAAAUAAGAAUCCACCACAACCUGUUGAAAACAUGCGGUAGACCAUCUUAAGCCUUAUCUUGAGCAGGGCUCCGCCUGUGCAGUCACUUGUAACACGUCUAUCUCCUAGAAACGGGAGAGCACCCAAGAGACUUCCUGGUUGUGGCGAUGAUGUCACAGUGCUCAACAACAUUAUCAGUCUCAAGGAUUUGUAUACGGUAGUUCUCACAAAACAUAAACUGUCAGAUGAUUACCUUCUCAGUAACUCUCCAUAAAAUCAUUGGCGAGGUGGGAAACAAAAAGCCUUUGGCUGCUUCACAGGUGCUUAAUUCACAAAGCAAAUAUUCCUUAGUCUUUCCUCUGAAGAAGUAUUUGAGUUUAGAGGACUUGUGAGAUUACUGACGCCUACGGCGAUGUUUUAAUGUAACAUUGAGCUCCCUUGACUACAGUAAAUAUGACAUUUUAUAGAUGCUCGUCCGUUAGGACACUGUUGGCUUUUCAAUUCAGAAUCCUGACACAAUGUACCGUGUAAUGUGAUUUGGGUUGAGCAAGAUUAGGUUGGAAGAGAAUUGGGCUGUCUGAGCUCACUCUUAGCAACUCUGUCCUUAUGUCGUUGUUUUCGGUUUCUCUCUCUUAUUCAUUUGCCUUAUAUUGAUGGGCAACGUUUAUUCAAUGCAUGUAUUGCCAGUGGACAAACCCCUGGCCUUGAUUAUCAACCUUUUGGGUCCUUUGGACAGUGUCACUUCAAGUUAAAGGAUGAUCAGGUCGUACCAGACCUGGGUUCAAAUACUAUUUGAAAUCAAUACUUCCUUGAGCUUGUCUGGAACAAUGGUGUAACGGCGUUCGUCUGUUGAAGGAAGAGAGUCGGACCGAAAUGCAGCGUGUUUGUUACUCAUGAUCUUUAAUGAAUGAAAACGUGAUACAUGAAAUAACUAUACAAUACAAA